UCGGCAUUCUGAACUUUGUACGCUUACGUUAUUUAUUUUUGAUCGCGUAUUUUAUGAUAAUAGCGAGAAAAGAAUUUUCUAUCGCAGAAUAACGCAUUUUAAUAUAAUUAUUUGCCGUUUCAUUAAUUUUUUUGAACUUACGUAUCUAAAAUCAUGAAAGAGCAAGAAACCUUAAAAGGAUGGUACAUUAUAUGGUGGUUAUUUAAAUUAAUUGGAUUUCCAAUUACUAUACCAUGGUUAUUGUACCAUUUAUUUGACAUUAUGCAGCAAAGAAAACAAAAGGCUAUAUUAAAUAAUAAGGUUGUAAUGAUAACCGGUGCUAGUUCUGGAUUAGGCGAAGCAUUAGCUCAUGUAUUUUAUAGUUGUGGUUGUCGACUUAUUUUAAUUGCAAGGAGGGGAGCUGAGUUAGAAAGAGUAAAAAAUACGUUAUUGGAGAAACAUUGCACAGUUCAGACUCAUCCACCUAUAAUUCUACCUUUGGAUUUAACUGAUAUCAAUUCUUUACAAUCCAAAGUAUCAAAAGUUUUAACGAUACAUGGGAAAAUUGACAUUUUAAUAAAUAAUGCUGGUAUUUCAUAUCGAGGAGAAAUUAUUAAUACAAAUGUAGAUGUAGACAUUAAAGUGAUGCUUCUCAAUUAUUUUGCACAAAUAGCUUUAACUAAAGCUGUUCUUCCAUCAAUGUUAAAACAGCAAAGUGGACAUAUAGUGUGUAUUAGUAGUGUUCAGGGUAAAAUUUCGAUACCACAUAGGUCCGCAUAUGCAGCGUCUAAGCACGCAUUACAAGCUUGGUGUGACUCCUCUAGAGCAGAAUUAGCUGAACACAAUGUAAAUGUUACAGUAAUUAGUCCUGGAUAUAUAAAGACUGCUUUGUCAUUAAAUGCUUUAACAGGAAGUGGUGAAAUAUAUGGAGUAAUGGAUCAAACUACAGAGCAAGGAUAUUCUCCUAAAUAUGUUGCCAAAAAAGUUCUACAAGCUGUACUGAAGAAAGAAAAGGAUGUAGUUAUUGCUUCGAUUACACCAAAAUGUGGUAUACUUAUACGUUUCUUAUGUCCUUCUCUUUAUUUUUGGCUCAUGGAAAAGCGUGCUAAAAAAUUUACAAAAGAAAAGUAAUUUUCAAGUAGAUAAAAUCAGUGUAAAUAUCACUUCGUUUAAAAAUAUUACAAUGUAAUAAUUAUUUAGUCUAGAUUAAAGAAACAUUUCUUAUUAUCUAUUACAUUUUUCUACUGAUGACUAAACAAUUAUUAAUCAGCUUAUUGCAUAAGUAAUAACGAUGAAUGGUGUCAUUAGUAUACAUAUAAAUACAUAACACUAAGUGAACUUGAUCAAUA